AUGCACUUAGCUUUAGACUGGCUUCAGUACUUCUCCAUUAUAUUUCUUCAGUGUAUCUUGUCCAUGUAUCCUGAGUUGCUUAGCGUUCUUUUUUGUUUUCCUGAACUGCCUAUCGUCUUGCUCCCUUUGAGCACAACUGCAUUCAGACAGGACCUCUCGCUUGAAGUACCCACCAUCCUUUCCCUCAUCCAGCCCUGGGCAUUCCGCCAGCAUGAGCUACUCCUUCUCCUCGACUCGAGCAUUCCCCAGCCACACACCACGAGGACGCCGGCUACGUACGUCUAUGUCAUCGCUCUUCCCACUGCAUCCCUUAUUGACAUGAUUAAUAAUACGCAUUACAUGGCUAGACACCUACAAAACAUUAAUCAAUCUCUACAUGAGACACAGAAACAAACCAUUAUUGUAGCCAAUAAAUUACAUAGUAUUGAUAAUAAAAUUGUAGCUGAUACAGGGCAUCAUUGGUAUAAUAUAUUUACUGGAUGGUCCCCAUCAGCAAAAGGUGUCUGUGGUGGGACCGCUGCCUGUUAGUGCUUUGCCUUGUUACAAGUUUUGUUUUUCCCUGCUAUUUCAUAUAAAUGUGCCUGUUCCCCCAAUACCUAAUUUAGAAUAUUGGUUUAGAACGUUCGUACCUCGUAACAAGGCUUUAAAACCACAAACCACAAGGAAAGCCUCGGCACGUGCCUUCACUUCGCAGAUUGCUUCCCACCUCAUCCGGGCCUUCCCCGUGCC